AUGGCCACCGCCUUCCUCCCGGCGCCGGCCUCGGCGGAGGACUUCCUAGUGGGGGGCACAACUGGCUGGAACCUGAGUUACCCCAUCGGCUGGCCGGAAGGGAAACCCUUCAAACUCACCCUAUCGAUUAAUGGCCUAUUCUCCGGCGCGCGAUGCAGUGUUCGACUACUAUACCCCAAGGGUCAGUUCACGGUGACGGAGGUGGACAGCGAGACGUUCAGGGAGUGCAACCUUCAGGGCAACACGAUCCACGAGUGGACCUCCGGCCACGACGUCGUCCCGCUGGAGAACCCCGGGCGGCGCUGGUUCUUCUCCAGCCUUGCCAACCACUGCGACCUGGGCCUCAAGCUCGUCGUCACCGUCACCGGGGCCCCAGCGCCGGCGCCGGAGCAUCAUCUGCCGCCUACUCUGACGCCUCCUGUCAUCUUUCCUCCGGCGCCCACUCCGGUGUCCCCGGCGCCCGCUCCGGUGUCCCCGGCUCCUGCUCCGGAAGCUCCUCCAUCACCGGACGACAAGUCAUCCGCCGGCUUGAACCGCUACAAGAUCGGCGGGGCGGUUGCCCGGGCGGCCGUCGUGGCAGGCGCCGUUCUCGCGGCGGUAUUCGUCUAG